GGCGGAUCAGACGGAGGAAGACAUGAUGGCGGCGAUGGGCUUUGGAGGCUUUGGGACAACCAAGGUGAGUAUUAGCACCAGAGUUCUCAGUCGAGCUGUCUCGUCAGUGCGGUCUUUCACAUGCGAUGCUAACUCGCACCUGUUGCUCUGGCUGGACUCACAGAAUCACAAGGUCGAAGGCAAUGCUACUGGGUCUGCAAAUGUAAAGAAGGAGCGGACCUGGAGACAGUACAUGAACAGGUAAGUCAGCACUCGGAGGGAUGAGCAUCGUAAUUAUCGAAGAUGCCGAGCUGACUGGAACCUUUACAUGUCACUAUUCUGCUUCACAGGAAGGGAGGAUUCAAUCGUCCUCUUGAUGCACUACCAAAGGACAAGUGAAGAUACCAAGUGCCAC